AAUACAAACAAGUGCAAAACUCUGGAGAAUUAUUUUAGCAGAAUUAUAUAUUCUGGUAGUUUUUGUGUGUUUGAUGGUACAGGACUGUUGUUAUUGAAUACAAUAUUUGUUUUUUAGUGUCUGGACAAGGAAACUACAUUGUUUGAUUGAUGAAGAUGAUUGGGUAAUACUGCAUGAAAUUGAUAUAAAAAGAGAAUUGGAUAUACAAGAAGUAAAAAUGAUAAGGGCAAAGGCCUCGAAAUGUCCGACAGAUGAGCUGUCAUUGACAAACUGUGUUGUUGUAAAUCCAGGAGACUACCCAGAAACUGUACAACAUGUUGAAAUCUACACAUCCCCGCACACAAAGUUUCUGUUUACGACCACCAGACAUCCUAGCAUGGCGAAGGGGACUCUUGGCUUUAACCUGAUGCAGAGGAAAUGGGCAGUGAUAUCCCUACACCAGGAAGUACAGGUGAAUCCAUUCCAGUUUAACACUCGUGUUCAAACUAUAGGCACUAUAGUCGUACAGGUGGAUUUCUUACAGAAGAAAAAUGCCACACCAGAGCCCUUUGACACGGACAAGAUGGCAAUGGAGUUUUCUAUGCAAUUUGCCAACCAGGCAUUCACAGAGGAACAGAUCCUCGCCUUCCAGUUUGCCGAGAAGAAAAUGUUGACAGUUUUUGUUAAGAGCAUAGAAGUUCUGGAUUUGUCAGACAUGAAGAAAGCUACAGGCAAGCAGAAAAGAUCUCACAUUGGUCUGCUUACUGGAAACACAACAAUUGUAUUUGAGAAGUUUGAGAAUGCAACCAUCAAUCUUACUGGCAGAUCAAAAGGACAACAAGCGUACCAGUCAAUUAUCAACCCAGACUGGGAUUUUAACAAGAUGGGUAUUGGUGGUCUUGACAAUGAAUUCUCAGCUAUAUUUAGACGAGCUUUUGCUUCCAGAGUAUUCCCCCCUGAUGUUGUUGAGCAGUUGGGUAUGAAGCAUGUGAAAGGUAUCCUGUUGUUUGGACCUCCAGGUACUGGCAAAACUUUGAUGGCUAGGCAAAUAGGAAAGAUGUUGAAUGCCAGGGAGCCUAAGAUUGUAAAUGGUCCUCAGAUUCUAGACAAAUAUGUAGGAGAGUCAGAGGCUAAUGUCAGGAAACUGUUUGCUGAUGCUGAGGAGGAGGAAAAAAGGUGUGGGUCUUUAAGUGGUUUACAUAUAAUCAUAUUUGAUGAGAUUGAUGCUAUCUGCAAGGCAAGAGGAUCUGUGUCUGGUAAUACUGGGGUACAUGAUACUGUUGUUAACCAGCUGCUGGCCAAGAUAGAUGGUGUAGAACAACUCAACAACAUUUUAGUUAUUGGUAUGACAAACAGAAAAGAUAUGAUAGAUGAAGCUUUGAUCAGACCUGGCAGAUUGGAGGUACAGAUGGAAAUAGGUCUUCCUGAUGAACCUGGCCGUCUUCAGAUUUUGAAAAUUCACACCAGUGUGAUGACAGAGAAUGAGAAGCUCUCGGAUGAUGUUGAUUUGUCGGAGCUAGCAUCAUUGACGAAGAAUUUCAGCGGGGCUGAGAUCGAAGGGCUUGUAAGAUGUUCCCAGGCAACGGCCAUGAAUCGUCUUAUCAAGGCUGCCAGUAAAGUAGAAGUAGACCCUGAAGCGGGCACCAAACUAAAAGUGACGAGACAGGACUUCUUACAUUCCCUAGAACAUGAUGUCAAACCUGCAUUUGGAAGCAGUAAGGAAGAGUUUGAAAAGUUUAUAUCCAAUGGUAUAAUAAACUGGGGCAGUCCAGUACAGCGCGUGCUUGAAGAUGGUGAUUUGUUGAUCUCUCAAUGUAGAGUGAGUGAAAGAACACCACUUGUAUCUGUUUGUUUAGAAGGUCCCGCAAGUUCUGGUAAAUCCGCCCUGGCAGCGCAGAUUGCGAAGAACUCAGACUUUCCAUUCGUCAAAGUUUGCACGCCAGAGAAUAUGAUAGGCUUCCAUGAGGCAGCGAAAUGUCAACAUGUUAAAAAGAUAUUUGAUGAUGCCUACAAAUCUCCCCUUAGUUGUGUCAUUGUUGAUGAUAUAGAAAGAUUGUUAGAUUAUGUUCCAAUUGGACCAAGAUUUUCAAAUUUAGUUCUUCAAGCUCUUCUUGUGCUGAUGAAGAAAGUACCUCCCCAUGGUCAUAAAUUGUUGGUUAUAGCAACCGCCAGUAGGAAGGACGUGCUACAAGAAAUGGAAUUGUUAAAUGUGUUUAACAAUGUUGUCCAUGUAUCUAAUAUAUCCAGUGGCGAACAAUUAAUGUCCGUCGUAGAAAAUAUAGAUGUGUUUACACCAGAAGAAACUACAUUGCUCGCCAAGAGGAUCAACGGGAAAAGUUUAUGGUUAGGAAUCAAGAAGUUAUUGGUUCUUAUUGAGAUGGUACGGCAAAUUGAGGGCAUAAGCAAAAUCAACAAACUGUUAUGUUUACUAGAAGAGGAAGCUAAUCUUGAGAUGGUAGAGAGCUAAAUAUAGUUAUUACAUCUAUCAGAUUUGGACACUGUACUUGUUAACCAGAGUCAAAUGUGGACAUUUACUCAAUGUUACCAACAGUCUGUCCCAUUCCUGUUUCAGUAUAGCUAAUGUUACAUUGGGUACAAGACUUCUAAGUGAAUAUGUGCUUGAUAGAAUAUUUAUAUUAAUAUUGUACUUGGGAAAGUGUGAUUUUAAGUAUUUACUGUUAAUUGAUUUAGGACUUCUCAAAUAUUUGAAUUCUAUUUUUUUUUAUAAUUUUGAUGCAUAUAAAAUCAGGUGUAAUGUAAUUUAAAUUUGUGAGUGAAAUAGGUUUGGAUUAAUGUCAACAUUGAAAUUGUGAAUAAAUAGGCCAGAAUCAAAGUUGUUGAUGAAUGAAACAAACUGGUGUAAGAUGUGAUUAGUUUGGAACUGAAAUAGGCUGGAAUCAAAUUUGAAUUUGUUUCAGAAUGAAAUAGGUUGGAAUCAGAUGACAAUUGUUUAUGAAUGAAGUAGUAUUGUUUAUGAAUGAAGUAGACUGGAAAUGUUUAUGAACGAGAGAAGUUAUAAAUGUAUGCUGUUAAUUUGUUUCAAAAUUGUACUUAUUUAUGUAUUUAUUUGUGAAUAAAAUUGACUUUGGAAAAAAGUAUUCAAAGUUACUUGUGAAUAAGGUUUAAUUAAUUUGCGAUGAAACUCAAGAUAUUGGAAGAAACUGCAAAAUGUUAUGGAUAUUGACUUAAUAUUUAGCAUUGAAAUACGCUUAUAAUGUAUGAAUAUUGAAAUAUAAACCCUUUACAAUCAAACCUGUGUUUAAAGGUGACCUUUGAAAAAAUAACCCUGCAAAUAAAGGCUACUUUUUGCUAACUUUUCAUUGAUUAUGAGGAAUAAAGUUACCUCCAAAUAAAUACCACUUGUCUAUAAAGACAAUUAUUUGUCUCUCCCUUGGCCUUUGUGUAAUUUAAGAACAUUGACUCUUCAUCAUACUUUUAUGUGAAUUUGUUCAAGAUAAAACAAUUAAAAUUUUCUGUAUAGAUGUAGAUUUAAGCAUAGAAAUUAGAAAUUAUGAUUAUUUAUGUGAAAAGUAUUUAGUAAAGGCUGUUUACUGUAGUUAUAUUUUAAAAUUUCAUAAUUUUGUGUCAGUUUUAUGAAAUAUCAAUUUGUGUUUAACAUCAAUAACUGUUAACCUAAUUAUUUUCUUCAAUUUCUACCAAGAUACUUGUCCAAGAUUUCAUACACUAAGGUUUUUUGUUUUUUUUUGUUUAAAAAAAUUCUAUUUUCUGAGCGUCAUCAUGAAGGUAAAAAAACUUAAUGUUUUAUAUUUGUUUUUUCCUUACACAAAUGCUGUUACUGUGGGAGCCUUAAACUUAUUGCAUAUUAAGAAUGCUACUUUUGGAUCCAGAAUAAAAGUGGGAUUUCUACUGAUGUACUGGUUAAAGUUGGUACCAAACACUGUUAAAAAGUAUGAUUUAUGCAUGUUCUUUUAGUGAUAUUUUUCUUAAUGUCUUAUAAUU